UUAUAAUCAUAUCUCUCUCUCUCUCUCGAUGACGAACCCCAUAAUGGAUUCAUCGGAGGAAGAAGCACUUUUCCGAUCAUACCCAUAUGCUGCUCUUUACUUCGUCCAAAGCCCCACCACCACCGUCUCCCACGGCCACCAAGAUGCUGUCUCAUUCCACUCCCCAGCCACCCAACGCCGCCUCACUCUCUCUCAUUACUCUUCUUCUCGUGGAUCCACCAACUCCUUCUUGCAUGAUAAAAAGAUUAAUCCCUAUGCUCCUCACGAAAGCCCCGAUCAUCAUGACAGUAGUUCUGUUGGUAGGGUGGUGGUGAAAAUGGGUGAAAAGGGUUGUGAUUUUGUUGACAAUGAGAAUGUGCAUCGUGGUGGUGGCGGCGGUGGAGAUGGGGCGGAGAGUGAGGAAGAAGAAGAAGAAGAGGAGAAGGGUUUUGGGAAGAGGAUGUGGGAUCUUGUGUCGUUUUCAGAGUCUGAUUCAUGUGCUUGGAUAUGGUUUCAAAUAAGCUUAAGAGUGAUGGUUAGCUUUGGAGUUGCAUUGCUUUUCUUCUAUCUCAUUACUAAGCCUCCUCCUCCCAUUGUCUCUCUUAAGGUUGAAAGAAUGAGCGAGUUUCAGCUAGCGGAAGGAGUGGAUAACACGGGUGUCACUACCAAAUUCCUCACUUGUAAUUGUUCCAUAAAUCUACACGUAAACAUCAAGUCUAACCUUUAUGGUCUUCACAUUCAUCCUAUGGUUCUGACUUUAUCGUUCAAUAAUAUCCCUUUGGCAACUUCGUUGGAAACACGCGCACUCUAUGCAUCAACUAAUGGACCAACGUCUUUCUUGUUAUACCUGGGGACAACAAAUAAGCCUAUGUAUGGUGCGGGAAGAAGUAUGCAAGACAUUUUAGACUCCGGAAAGGGGUUGUCUUUGGUUGUUCAUGUGAAACUUAGGUCAAGAUUUCACGUCGUUGGGAAGCUAAUUAGUCCUAAAUAUCAUCACCGAGCCGAGUGCAUUUUAAUCUUUAAUAGAACUUAUAAUAAACAACAUAAAACUCUAAUGUACGAUAACCACUGUAAUUUGUUAUGAUUCUAAAUACUUGCCAUUUUCUUUCAAA